AUGCCCAGCGGCUUCACGCGCGGAGGACCGCCUUGGCGAAAAGCCACCGAGAAAGUCUUCAACGAGGCAUGCAAGAUGAAUCGCAACCAGCCCUCUGUCUUUUGCUAUCCGGACAUGAAGGAACUCCUGGAAGGCCUUUCAAAGGCUUCGGAAUAUGGCGCAGACUUCACGAGCGAAACGUUCCUCUUGGACUUGCACGUGGUCGUCGAGCAGCUGCUGGCGUGGCCGUCCGCGUGGACAGGUGUGAAAGAGGUCCUUUCAUCGCGGCACCAGUGGACCAGAAACUACUGCGACAAAAUCCUCGGAGGCUCGCCGAUCUGGUAUGCGCCACCCUUGGUUCGCAAAAGCUUCAUCACCCCUCGGUCCACCAUGGCACAGGUCGAGAAGGAUCAACCCUAUGUGGCUGCCGCUUUCAACCGUUACUUGGAAGAGCUCGGCAAGAACGGCGACGGCAGAACGAAGGAA